GUUCGCCUCAGGAGCCGGCCAUCGGGAGUGAGUGAAGGCAACAUGUCGCUGCCGGAUCUCUCCUCCCUCAGCCUGCAGGAGCUGAACGAACUGCUGGAGGAUGAGGAGAAGCUGAGUAAGAUGGCGGAGGGGAUGGAAGAGGUACGGAAUAUACAGCCAAAUAAAGAUAUGAGCCUUGCUAGCAAUCGUAGUCUAGCAGAACAGAAUCUGGAAUAUCACCCUAAAUUGGACUCUUUGAAAAUCCAGUUAACUAGGAAAUAUCAAGAACUACAGACGCUAUUUGAAGCAUAUCAAAUGAGGAAGUCAAAAUUAGAAAGUCAAUCCAGUGGGACUUCGCUAGAUGUACUACUCGCACUGCUACAAACAGAAGGAGCAAAAAUUGAAGAGGAAACAGAGAUCAUGGCGCAGGAGUUUCUGGAUGGCGAGGUGCCAUUGGACACUUUCAUUGAGCAAUAUCAGAAUAAAAGGAAACUGGCUCAUCAACGGCGGGUUAAAAUUGAGAAGUUGCAGGAGAUUGUCUUAAAAGGACCAGGGUUAAAUCCAGCACGGUUACCACAGCUACCGAAUGAGCCAGUGCAGACAAAUCAGAACUCUAACUCCAUGGAAUCAAACACUCCCCCUGUUAUGCCUAGGAGGGUUCCACCACCCCCACCUGUUCAAACUGGUGCCUUUCCCACUCCAUUUACAUGUGCGGCCCUGGGAGCAGAAUCAGUACCUCCUUAUCCAGUAUCUGCUGCUUUCCCUCCUAUCCCACCAAGAUCUGGAAACAGUGCUCCAAUUUCCACAUCUCAGUUAGGUUAUCCACUACAGUACAGGCCACCUUGUCCUCCACCAGUCGCUCAGAAAGCUGGACAGCGUCCUCCUCAACCAGGUUUUAUUUUGCAGUAAUUUUACAAAAUGGGGUCCGUUGCACUUUUUGUGUAGGUGCUUUUAAUUCUGCUGAAGUGUUUAGUGUCUCUCAAAGCAUACGUGACCUAUAUUUCCAUGAUGGGGAACUACACCUUUUGUGUUAGGAGACUGCAAAUUAUAAGUUUCCUUCCACAUGGCAUCUUUCAUAAGAAUUUCAGAAAAUUAUGUAUAGCAAUAAAGUUCUAUUUUGUGGCAAACACUUUUUUGGAUAAAAUGUUCAAAGACGUAAUGGGGCCUUUACCCCACUGUUUCAAUUUUAUAACUCUUUUUGAAUCUGUUGCACUUUUUUGGAUAGAGACCAUUAGUUGAAAUUCAUUAGAUUCAACUGAUGCAAACAUUUACAUUAAAAAAAAUACAAGUACUUACAUAGGAAGUGAAUUAAAAUUUAAGAUCAGCCCAGUAGCAGCCGAUUUCUGGAAAUUUUAGAGCUAAGUUGAUUUGUUCCUGAAAUUUAUAUUUUUCAGCUUUUAUAUACUGUAAUUCUCCACAGACUGACCUUGGCAGGUCUUGGUAUGCUAGCUAUUUUGGUUCCUAUAGAAAGGGUGGGGUGAGGACACCGAAGAUUUAUGUAUAUAUGACUGUCUGUCUGAUUGGGUAUAGCUUUUUUUUUCCAACUUUCUGUUGAACCUGAACUGUUUUUUGAAAGGGGGAGGGUUUGCUCAUCUCCGUUAUUUCAUAUGAAUAGAGUAAAUUGGUUGAAUAUUGAUUGAAGUGAAAAAUAAUCAAUGUCAUGCUAAAGUUUCUUAACUAGAUCAGUUAAACAGGAUUGGCCAGAAAGCUGAAAUAUUGGCUUGUCUUAUUAUUACAUGUACCAGCCACUUUAAAUCUUUACAAAUCUGUGACUAUACAGUGCAUUGUUCUCUUUAGCCACUUGUGACUUUUGACUUUAAUUAUAAAGCUUGAUUAAAAACUUGUCUUCGCACCAAGAUGAAAAGGAAUGUAUCACGUCAACUAUCUGUUGUAUGCCCUGCCUUUUGAAGUCAAUGUAUCUGAAUGUCAGACUUACCGCAAGUUUCUGCCUCUCUUCGAAAUAUUAUAAUCUACAACUACCUAUCCUCCUCAAGUUUUUCUAUUGAGAGUUACAGGAGCUAGAUUCUAUUUUAAAUGGUUACCCUGUAAUGAAACUCAUUUAAAAUUGUGCAAGUAUAUUGAGUAAAAAAAAUUAAAGGAAGAGUGUCAGAUGACCGUUUCACCAGAUGAAUUAGGAAAACUGCAUUACUUCAGAUUUUUUCUAAAUCCGUAAGAUGCAUUGCACAGUUGUCUCUUUUGUCUGAUCAAUGAUGCAUAUUAAGCAGUUCCAUUCAGGGUUUAAAAGCAAAUGGGCUACUUCAUUUAUUAGCAGAGUCAUGACUCAAGGAAUCAUAUGGCUGAAUAUUGAGUCUGAAAUAUGUUUGUAAUGUGCCUUAGCAAUAUUUGUCAUAAGGGACUGUGGGAAAUGUUUUACUUUGUAAACUUGUGAUGCUCAUGCGAGCAGUACUUUUAUGGAUAUGUAUGUAUUUUUGGGGAAAUGGAGUGGGAGGAGGAAGGGGAGUAUUGAUGGUAAUCAGAUUAUUUGACUAUUUAAACUAGUAGUGUGCAGUAUGUUGAAUAACAAGACUGUAAUCUCCUAUUGUUGAUAUUAAAAUUUGAGCAAAUUAGUUUGGUGGUAAGAUACCUUCUGUUAAAAUGUGCUAUUGCAAGUGACUGACAGUUCACUCUCUUAAAUGUAUUUUGUUAUGAUAUUGAAGUUGCAUGUUGAGUUGCACAAUCUCUGUGGCAUAUUUUGCCAUUUACAGUUCAGUCAAGUAACAAAGUAAUAUUUUAAAUCUAACAAUUGAGCAGUUUGUUUUUUUGAAUAUUUGUGGGAUAACUUGGUCCAAUUGCUUAAGUUGGCUUGAAAGAUUAAUUGUCCGCAGUUUUUUAUUCCAUCAAAAAUUGAAAACAGUUAUGAUAGAUGGUACCUAUGUGCCUACAAUAGGAAAGACUCAGCACUUCAAUCUCAAAUGUUUUUUGAAGUAAAAUAUUUGACAACACACUUUUGUGAAGUUUGUAGUUCAGAAUUGUUUAUAUUAAUUGUUGUAGUGGGUGAGCUACAGGAAGUUACCUCAGAAUAUUUUAAUCAUUCUAUUAAUAAAAUCCAAAGUACUAUAAACAUUUUU